AUGGAAGUGAUAUACAAGUUACACAUUAUCGCUUUCGUCCUGUCAGCAGUUCCGGGGAUUGUGAUUGGGCAACAUUUCACAGCAGCCCGUGAAGCUGUUGAAGCCGCUUUGCCCAACAUAAACUACAGCACGUUUUGCAGCGAAACAGCGACGGGACAAGAUAAGCUUGCUUGUCGAAUUAAAUCUGUACCAACAGUUGGUUUUUUAGUUUGCAAAACGCCAAAGAUAAGUGAGUUAGAUUGUAAAGAAAUUAUUGAUGGAGAAUUGGAGAAUAUCAAGAAAGUUCAAGAUGGUGGCGUUAAAACCGUUAAGGUAUCACCACCACCCAUUUCUAGCGCUACUUGUGGAAAUGUCUCAGUCGAUACAUGCACUGGGUUUUUGGAGGAAUGGAUACCGAAAGAAGUAGGGCAAUUCCAACAUAUUCGCAAUCGUAUUGUUGAGAAUGAAAUAGGCAAAGUGAUAACUGAAGUAGAAAGCUACGCGACAGGUUCGCUAACGGUUACUGCCACAGAUCUUACUGCUAUUAAAAAGUUCAUGGAAAUUAGCCCGGCACAAGACAAUUACAAACAAAUUUGUGACUUGCAAGGAUUUUUCUUAAAGAACGGUGGUUUUCGCGUUAAUGAUGUUCCGAAUAUCCAAGACGAUUUGAGAAAGAACGAGUCGUGUCCCGCUGAUCCUGGUGAACAGGAGCCCACCACCGCUGCUGUUCUUGACGCUUUGGAUACAAUGAUUGAUGCUUUUAACAAAAAUUAUGGGACACCUUCUAAAGUCUGUUUGCCAUGGGGUUUUUUAUCAGCUUGGAGUAUUAUCUGCAGUUGUACUAUAGGUAAUCUUUUAUAA